AGCCGGACCGCGUCACACGGCCUGUCGCCGCGUGCGGUCUCUGUACCGUUUAACAAACCAAGUGUGCCUUUGUAGUUUUGUUCAACGCCGUUCUGUUGGUUAUCAUAACUAUUUGUUAUUGUUUAUUGAUAAGCGGACGGAGACAUAUUCGGAUAGGACUGUAGUUCGACCUGUUGUUGCUUAUGUAUCCAAACAACUUUCUCAGUAGCUGGUGAGGAGCGUCCGCCGCGUAAGGUGAAGUCCCCCCGUAAUCACCGACUGGCCCCUUACGUCACAUUUUGCUGAUGCCCAAGACCCAAGGCGGGACGGGGAUCGACCACGGAACACACAGACGACACUUCCCGUUUGACAGUUGGGGAGUGUGAGAGUAAUGCUAACAAUGUAACUCUUCCCAACACGACCUAAAAACAAACAAGGAGCUGGACCUGGACAUGUCACAAUAGUUAACAGUUUGAGACAGGGAGGGAAAAUUUACCAGUUCAAUACGGCAAAACAUGGGCAGUGGCAGCCCCCAGUCAUUCAAGGCUAACUUGUAGUGCCUCAGAGACAACUCUUGCCCUGUUCAGAACUCCCUGAUAUGUUUGGCAUAUGAUGCAGUAAGUUUGGUGAUACUGAGAACUUGUACAGUUGCCAUGGCUGCCUCAUGCCCAGAGAGUAAAGAGCCCCUUCUGCAGCUUCAGGUAGUGGAUUCCAGUAGAGUGGGUGGCCACGUCCUGUCCCCCAUCCUCAGCCCAUCUUCUCCAGGUCUGUCCCUUGAAAGCAGCCGGCAUGUUUGCAUCCCCUCCCCUUAUACUGACCUUGGCCAUGAUUUUACCACUAUACCAUUCUACAGUCCAGCUAUCCUCAGUUACACUGGUUCGGUUUUAUCAGAUUGCCCUUCUGUCCAUCAAUCCUUAAGCUCCUCCUUAUUUUGGUCGAGCCAUGGUCAUUUGGGGCCACAAAUUCCCCAGUACCGUCCUCAGGCCUGCCAGCAUGGCCAGCCUGUCCACAGUCCAUGGAUGGAGCUAUCAACAUACAACAAUGUCUUGAAAGACAACAGUAAGACGGUGAGGAAGCGCUCCCAGGAGGGUGAGGAGGGUGUGAUGUCAUCAGGGGGAAAGGCAGACCUGCAUUAUUGUGCCGUGUGCCACGACUAUGCCUCAGGAUACCACUACGGGGUUUGGUCAUGUGAAGGAUGUAAGGCUUUCUUCAAGAGGAGCAUCCAAGGACACAGUGACUACAUCUGUCCGGCAACGAAUCAGUGCACCAUAGACAAGAACCGCCGUAAGAGCUGCCAGGCCUGCCGCCUCCGCAAAUGCUAUGAAGUUGGCAUGACCAAGUGUGGUAUGCGUAGGGAGCGGCGCGAUGGUUUCAGGACCCCCCAGGCCAGGCGAGGGAGCCGCUGUUCCUCCCGCAGCAGGCCUAACAGACCAAAGAGGGAGCUGGUAAGUGGAGUUGAGGGUGGUUCCCCAAACGAACCCUGCCCCCGUAAACUUACCCCGGAGCAGCUGAUCGUACGAAUAAUGGAGGCCGAGCCGCCAGAGAUCUUCCUCAUGAGGGACACGAGGUGUCAGCUGACCGAGGGAAACGUGAUGAUGUCACUCACGAAUCUAGCUGACAAGGAACUGGUCCACAUGAUCAGCUGGGCCAAGAAGAUUCCAGGGUUUAUGGAGCUCAGCCUGUUAGACCAAGUUCACUUGUUGGAGUGCUGCUGGCUGGAGGUGCUGAUGAUGGGACUAAUGUGGAGAUCUGUGGACCAUCCGGGGAAACUCAUCUUCUCCCCCGACCUUAGCCUGAGCAGGGAAGAGGGGAGCUGUGUCCAAGGCUUUGUGGAGAUCUUUGAUAUGCUGCUCGCCGCCACGGCCCGCUUCAGGGAGCUCAAGCUGCAGAGGGAGGAGUACGUCUGCCUCAAGGCCAUGAUCCUCCUUAACUCCAACAUGUGCCCAGGCAGCUUAGAUGGGGGGGAGGAGAUGCAGAAGCGGUCCAAACUGCUGGGCCUGCUGGACGCGGUGACAGAUGCUCUGGUCUGGGCCAUCGCUAAAACAGGGCUGACGUUCAGACAGCAGUACACCCGCCUCGCGCACCUGCUCAUGCUGCUGUCCCACAUCCGGCAUGUCAGCAACAAGGGCAUGGACCACCUCUACAGCAUGACCAUGAAGAACAUGGUGCCUCUGUAUGACCUGCUGCUGGAGAUGCUGGAUGCCCACGUCAUGCACAGCUCUCGCCUCCCCUGCCAGCAGCCGCAGCAGGAGGCCCAGGGGCCCCACAGCUCCAGCGGCGGUGCGGCAGACAUGGGCUCCAACCUGCAAUGAAAACGACCCCCGGGGCAGACGGCAGGGGCAGGAGACCAACUGCUCUCACAUGAAUGAAAUCCCACGCAAGUCUCUCAUGUGUCAUGUGACGUCACUCCGCACUUGUUCCGCACGCUGCUGCGCUCUGCUUUGCACACGUCUAGUUCGUGUCACGUGUUUUACAGGAACCGCCUCGCAGCCGGGCUUCUGACUUCUCCAGACGCGUUGCUUCAUAGAAACGGCACGUGUUGCCAAAGUCACGUGGUCAGAUGUAAUGCGCUGACGCACUGAAUGUGGCGACGUUUUCAACGUUUUGCUGCAUUUAUAACAAAGCUAAACAUUCAACAGUGCAAACUGGGGGGCAAGAAGAGCCCACCCGUAAAUGGGAGCAGCCUUGGCGUAACUGUUAGAAGCUUAUUUUGACUUUCCUAAAGCCAAGGCAUUGGCACUGAGUUGAGGAGAAGAGAGUCAAGCUUGUUUUUGCGCACAAAUAAUAGCCAGUAAAGAAAGGGUGAACCUGGGACAUGAUGGGCAUGAGGGAUCAUCGUGCUUUGUUUUGGUUUUGUUGUAUAAAAGUAGGCCAUAGCAACGAGCUGCUGUGUCAACUGCAAAUAAUACAUGCGAGCAUGUUUUUUAAAUGGUGUUGAAUUAGUUACCAACUCGCUUUCUGUUUGAGUUGUCUUGUGGUGUCCGAGGAGAAGCUAGAGCCUGUGAAGGAGUUCCUCAGGAAGUUCCCCAGGAGCUCCUCAGGUGUUCCUCCGGGAUUCCUCAGGAGUUCCUCAAGUGUUCUUCAGGAGUUCCUCAGGGGUUCUUCAGGAGUUCCCCGGGAGUUCCUCAGGGGUUCCUCGGGAGUUACUCAGGGGUUCUUCAGGAGUUCCCCGGGAGUUCCUCAGGGGUUCCUCGGGGUUCCUCAGGGGUUCUUCAGGAGUUCCCCGGGAGUUCCUCAGGGGUUCCUCGGGAGUUCCUCGGGAGUUCCUCAGGGGUUCCUCGGGAGUUCCUCAGGGGUUCUUCAGGAGUUCCUCGGGAGUUCCUCAGGUGUUCCUCAGCAGUUCCUCAGAACAGGAGACACAGUAGGCAUCUUGGACUUUUCAAAAGAAUAGCGAGCAAAAACAACACAAACAUGGAAGCUUUUAACUUUGAUGCCAGCCCUUUUCUUGCAAACUCUUCCAUGACUUUAAAUGCAAGCUGUUCAUGUGAAUUUAUUAGAAUAUUAUACAUUAUUGCACAUGUGAAGAGUGGUGUUUAAACCAUAAAAGGGCAAAAUUGCUUUCUACAAACGUGAUGAUGCUAUUUUAAGAUGUCCAUUGACGAGACACCUUUAACUGGCUUAGGAAACCUUGCAAGGAAAUGGGCGUCUACAACACAAAACCUGUUGGCGGGCAACGUUUUUAGAAAGCCUUCCAUAAAUGAGAACAGUCGCAUGAGAGACAGACCUCAGUUAAAGACGUUGUGGCAACGCAGCUGAUUAAUCACUUGUCACAGAGAUGGGAUGUUCCUUCCCUCCUUUUGUAGUCUCUAAAUAAACACAAUACACUUGUACCAGUAUCAACCCCAUAGAAUUAAACGCCACAGUCCAGUUCUGGUUUCCUUGUCUAGGAGCUGUCUUGUUUUCUGUGAAGAAGAUGAACUAGUUUGCUGCAAGACGACGUUGUAUUCCUCUACAUGUGUGUCAUGUUUUUUUGUAGAAAAGGAAAAGGUUAUUUUUGUGUUUCUAUUCUUAAUUGUGAGCUCUUUUAUGCACAGCAGCUUAAAUCACGACUGCACAGCAAAAUGUUCUCUUCAGUGGACGAGCCCAUUUCAAUAUGGAGACAUCUAGUUAAAAAAUCCUCUGCAGGAACUGUUGACUUUCACUCGCUGGCCUUACUCUGCCGCACUUUCUGCCACAAGAUGUAAAAAACAUCGUUACUAUAUGGACUGUAGCGACACCUGGUGUGUACAGUAACCGUGGUGGUCAUUUUGAAAUGCCAGUUUCCACAGUAAAACAUUGUAAACUGUUAUUGUUGCUUAUUAUUGGUGUAAAUGUGCAUCAAAAAGUGUUGCCAGCAUGCUUCAUCGACCUGCAGCCCAGUGGAGGAUGAAGAACCUGCUUGUGUUCGGGUCUCAGAGGAGGCGUCGUCAGCCUGCUGGCUCAAGGACUCUGCUGCUCACCACAGAACGAUGUUGCUUUCCUUCCCAGUGUGUUUGUUUUCCUAUCUGCACAUUGCCAUCUCCGCCUUCCUGUCUCUGUUUUCCCCUAAACGAAGCAGAACCGCAUUAA